AUGCCCAAGGAGCUUUACGUACCCGCUAUCUCACUUAAGGACUUUGAGUCCCGAAAGGAGGAGAUCACUAAGCAGCUAGUUGAGGGAGCCGAGACCGCUGGCUUCUUUACUCUUGUUGACCACGGUAUCACCAUUGAGGAGAUCGAAAAGCAGUUCGCUCUUUCGAGGGCCUUCUUUGCUCUGUCUCCGGAGGUCAAAGGACGGAUUCCUCAUGGUUUGCAUACCAACAACGGCUGGGAAUACAAGUCCCAAAUCCGUCCUAGUACCGGUGUUCCUGAUCAGAAAGAAUCUUUCUGGUUACAGCGUGACUCUCAGUGGCCGGCCGAUGAAGACGUGCCAGGCUUCAGUGAAGGCACCAAGAGCUUUAUUUCAAAAUGCGAGGGUAUCUCCAAGCAAGUCUUAAGCUGCCUUUCUAUUGCCUUGGGAUUCCCAGAGAACCACUUCAACGAAGCGAUGGAUGUCGAAGCCAGCGACAACCUCACUCAAAUGCGCAUGAUUCACUAUAUGGCCUCCGAAAAUGCAGCUGGAACAUGGAGAGCUGGAAAUCACACCGAUGUCGGGUGUCUCACUCUUCUGUUCCAACGUGAUGGCGAAGAUGGACUGGAGGUCUGUCCUGGUCGCAAAAAUCACAACGACAAAAUUAUUGGCGAGGAAUUCUCUCCCAUACCCGCUAAGACCGGUCCUAUUGUAGUCAAUAUCGGAGACAUGUUAAUGGCAUGGUCCGAUGACCGUCUCAAGGCCAACUUCCACCGCGUCCGGGCUCAAGGCGUUGGCCCAAGCCCGGAUCGUUACUCCAUCGCCUACUUUAACACCGGUCGGCGGAAUGUUGUUAUGCAGGGGCCACUGAAGAAGUACCCUGCCAUCACAUGCGGUGAAUAUUUCCGUGAAAAGACUGUUGUUCAGUUUGGACACAACUUCCCAAAGACUAAGACGGAAUUGGUGACCGACACUCCUAUGGCUCCCAUGGCCGCUGUGGCUACUCCGGUUGCAUAG